AUGAUCAUUUUACAUCACAAUAUCUUUUUCUUCCUCAUUCUUAUUUUGGUUUUCGUAUCAUGGAUGUUGGUUCGCGCUUUAUGGCAUUUCAACGAGCAAACUAAUCUAAUCCCACAAAGGAUUGAUCUCAAUGUUAUCUUCAUGACCAAUGCUCCUAACGAGGGUGACUUUCCCAUAGACCAACCUCCCAUUGGCGGACUACCAGACCUCCAGCAGGAAAUGGCGCACGCCGCCCAUCCCGAAGACAUUAUUGCGGAGUUAACUUCCAAGGUUGAAAGAAUAUUUCAUGAAGUGGGCACUUCCUUUAUAGGAGGGUGA